ACUGGCGAAUCGAUAGCAGCGCCUCCAACCUCGUUAGGAGCGUAUGUAUACCCAGGCAGGUGCCGGACUCGGUCAGGAUUCCUCAUGCUCAGAUGAAAGUUGUAGGCAGCAGUGAACAAGCAUGGACUAAUGCACAGUCAGAACUAACUCAUUUCGCUGGAAACACUACACCGAUAAGACUCGUUUGUGGCAAUCCUCAGAUUUCAAGAUUACAUUUCUGUGCGUUUUAAUAUGUUCUAUGUCGUCUAUUCUGGGAUGUCGAAACUUUUACAUGACCACUGUUGAGUGAGAAACUUACCGCCCCGUGCUCCUGACAACAACAUAAAUGUGUCAUGUUUACAUUUUGUAGCAUUUGGAUUUGUACACACGCAGGAGCCCACAUGCCGCAGUGAGUAAAAUGUCCUGUAACCGGAGCGCAAACCAGACUCGAGAUGACUGGACAUACAUCAACAUGGUACUUGACACGUGGUUUGAGAAACAAUCGCAGGCAACCUUAGAAUGGGGUUAUCUGCCAGAUCUACCACACUAAUUGUACUGUCAGGUUCACCGAGGCGAAAUACAGUAGCUGAGAUAACAGACUUGCAUCUCGGACCAAGGAGUUGGAACAUUUGUAAACUGUUUCAAGCCUCACGAUGUUCGAGCAUGGCGGGUUCACAAGGAAUCAAGCACGGGACAGGGAACACCAAGCCUUAGUCAGCUGACACUCGCGGUGGUUUGAUUCAAAGCACAUAUCGCAGAAAACAAGGCUCUUGAAGUGAGAGUCAGCAAACUCUGUGAUUUUGUGACGGACAUCUCUCAUUGUCGAGUUCAAGGCGGACUUACAGCAGACAGGCAAGCUGAUCAAUCUAGCCAGUAAUUGUCAUGGACUCUGCUGGUUUCUGUGUGUUUUUUAACUGACAACCCGCACGGUUCAUCUGAGGGUCAUCAUCCUCGAUACAUCUACUUAAUGAAGACAAAACUUGAUAUGCUUCCUGAGUACACCGAGUGACUAUAUAUCCUAAUGGACAUGUGUAUGGGAAAUUGGAAGUCGAUCGAUUUUGUUUAAAUUAAUAGCGGUAUAGAUGUUGUGUAGUAAAGGUGAUUAACAAGGACCAUCUCACAUGAUUGUCAUACACGCAUAGAAGGAUUCCUUCCUGCUCAAAACACGGCUUGCUGGUGAGACGAUAAUUGGUUCUACGACUGAUGUGACACACACUUGGUACAUGGCAACCGAAUGCUUUUUGAAUGAUCAAGAAGCUACACGAAACAGAUAUUUCAUCACAGGCUAGGUGAUCCUUGUAACGGCAAUGCGUCGCCCGUAUGGUUGCAGGUUCGGUGAUGACAUUCGGUUGGCCUCUGGUGAAUAAGUUAUCCAUGGCACGUUUGUAAACAGCUCAUGGUAGCAACAUGAUAACUGCUGGGAACAAGAGUUCUGGGGACCUGAUGUCCCUACUUCCGGCGGAUUUAUAUGCCUAUUUCGACAUGUCGGAUCUGGACAGAUCGGGGAACUAUUCUCUCGAAGACUUCAUGAAGGUUGCUACGGAAUAUAAGGAAUCCGAUCGCUGGUUCGAUGGGCUUACAGAACUCUGUCUCAUCUUGAGUUUUUCCUUGCUCAUGCUUAUAGGUAUCUCAGGUAAUAUUACUGUUGGAUUGGUCAUCUUGCGGAGAAGGGCGUCACAGUCAAGUCGAAACUGGUACAUCUUCAAUCUAGCCGUGUCGGACAUUUUGACUUGUAUGUUUUGUAAACCCUUUCUCAUCCUGAGGAUGAUCCUAAAGAACUGGGAUAUCGGCGAAUUCAUGUGCAAACUUGUGCCUACUUUACAAACAACUUACGUGCUCGUAUCAACACUGACGAUCUUAGCACUGGCUGUGGACAGGUACAGGGCAAUUCUAUACACGUCAAGAAAGGAUCGGAAUGUGAAGAUAACGAGAUUUGUAAUCCCAGCUAUAUGGGCUGCGUCAUUGUUCGUAGCGCUCCCAAUAUUCCUGACCCAUGAAGUGGAACACGUCAUUGGAUUUAAUGGAGUUCCCCUGUACUCUAUCUGCCGUGAGAAAUGGAAUUCCUAUAUUCUACUGACAAUAUACACUAUAUUCGUUCUAUUAAUCCAGUAUCUGUCACCGAUGGUUGCUAUAAUAACCCUUCAUGUUAAAAUAUGUCAGUUCCUCGGAGUAAGGAUUCACACACGGGGUGCACAAAUGAGGGAUAUGCACAACAUUCGCAGGAAAUUGUCCAGACAUCGUAAGAAUAUUCUCCUUUUGACAAGCAUGGCAGUGUCGUUCGUAGUAUCCUGGCUUCCACUGACAUUAGUGAACAUCAUAGCUGAUAUUGACUAUCGUACAUUUGAACACACCGACUUUCCGCUGAUCCACGCCGUGUGUGUGCUCGUUGCCUUUACAUCAGUUUGCGUUAAUCCGAUCAUCUAUGGGUGGUUCAAUUCCAACUUUAAGCGGGAUCUGCGGAGAUUAUGUAAUCUCAACCCGUCCUAUAAGUGCUCAAAGUAUGUACUUAUCUUUCGGCGAUCGAGCAGAAAUCCGGACAUAAGUCUGUUGAUAUCUACCCUACCACGUGACGUGACGGUUUCUCCACGUGCAGAGCAGGCACAAGACACAGCCUUAUGACAUAUGGGGUUACCUCUUGCCCGGAUUAAUGUUCGUGGUACGGGGAUGUGCGAGAUAAGACUUAAUCUGUCUCGGAAUAACGCGCCUAGGGCAAGACAGGCACGACGACGACAGGUUAGUGUGAAUCGAAGUUAGCGAGACGGGACAGCCACUUCGUGCAAAAUGGAAACAACUUCUUUACAAAAUGGAAAAUAUACUUCUUUCAACUGUUUGUGUUUCUUGAACCUGGUGUUUCUUUCAUUACGCUUAUGUGGGUAUAUUACACGCAUAUAUUUGCGAACAACGGUUAUGUCGAUAAGUCGGUACUUGUACUUUGGGACUGAGAUUUCUUUGUGGUUAGGUUCAUGGUAACCACGAUACGGACAUCCAUGGCGCCAUUUUUAUCACUGACUUUGCAUGUUCAUGCUUUCUAUUAUCAAGUGUCUUUUGACAAACCUUUCUUAACUAAACUGUCUUAUCUAAGUACGGCGCGUGCUGACGUUGCGAAACGCUUCAGAAGUCCAGAACCGCAAAAGUUAUGGUACGACUACAUUUCCGCAUAUCUGUCAAAGUGGGCAAGAUGAGGUAUUAGUACCGAAUUUCAUAAUCCCACGUUACGUUGAAUACAAGAUUCGUGAGCAGAAUACACGAGUCGUGCAUUUCGCACCUGCAGCCCGUUCAAGCUAAGGUGAAACGCCUCCACAUAACUGAAAUACUGACUGACUCACUCACUCACUCACAGACUCAUUCUGUAAAGAAGUUUUGGUGUGCUCAAAAGCGUUUCUGGACCUGUGUUGUCUGCUAAGCCACAGACAGUGUAUGUUUUAUUCAGAAACGUCGGGGAAUCAACCGCUCUCCACGUUAAUAUGAUACGUAUAAAUUUACAAGAAAAGCUUAUUAUUGGAUUGGCAAUCCCUUAAACCACUUACAACAGAGAUAAGCUGGACCCUUUAUACUGUUGGUGUCAUUACAGUUCACACCACUGGUAUGCACAUUUCGUACUAAAUUCAGUCUGACGCAGUUGCCACAAAGGCUAUAUGAUUUCAGUUCCAAGCACAAUGACGUCAGCACACGGUACGGAAAGUAUUUGCCCUUUUUUAUGGGCAGUGGUGUCGUUAGAUGGUUGUUGGAAUAAUUCUGAAGGGAAAUAAGAUAACACUCAAUGAUUUAUAUUUAUUUACUUUAAUUCAAAGGCAAUUCUGUCAUUAUUUUAACUUGUUGAUUACUACUACUACUACUACUACUACUACUACUACUACUACUACUACUACUACUGCCAUACACACACGGAGGUCAAUGACGGACAUGUUUGUACAUACAUUCACCUUAAUUUGUUUGUUUGUUUGUUUGUUUGUUUGUUUAUUGACAAAAACAAAAACAAUGUUAAUGGAAAUGUCAUACUAGUGCACAAAAGUGUUUCAGCUGGACAUUACCGUUUUCAAGUCUCUAGAUCUAUACUCAGGUUAUUGACGAAAUAUCACAAUUUCGUUUCUGUGAUUAUGAAUAAUAAGCAGUGUGCAAAUUACAGAAUAUAUUCGUUGAUAUUGAGAUAUGUGACUGUUGUUUUUAAGUUUCACAUAAUGUAUCAUAUUCUCAGCACAUCUUGCAGCAUUGUAAUUCCGAAUUAUACAUAAUACUAUACACCUCACUACCACUCUUUCAGAAAUGUAUGUGAUAAAAUCAUUGUUCGUCAAUUGUGGCGCAUGUGGUGCAUGUGGUUCAUAUGAAUCUUGUCAUCAUUCCAUUUAUUAGAAGUAGUCUUAUAUCUCAACCAUUUGCGUGCGGACUCGGUUUGCACUGACGGUUUCUGAACCACUAACAUGUUUCAUUUUUACGGUACACUGUAUGUUAACUUGCAUACAAUGGCAGCUUCGGUUUUCUUCAUUGUGAUAUUUUACCAUUAGGGAGCAGGUCUUCCUACGAGUUUCCUCACACUUGUUUUAGUCUUCAUCACCCACUACCUGUAUACAGUGAACCCCGUUAAUCCGCACGGAAUCAACAUUUGAUAUAUCGUUGUGAGUAAUGGUUUGUAUAAACAUGUAUGUGGCUGUGAUUAACGGGGUUAAAUGUAUGUCUUGCAAGGUGAUUGAACGUUGACAUUCCUUACUAUUUAACAUUAGUAAAGGGUUUAUCAACAUACAUAGAAUGCCUUCUUCGUUCAAAUGCUAAUGUACAAUUAAAAAUCUAAAAUAAUAUAUACAUAACACUUUUUUUAUGGAUAGUAACUUCUUUUAUUCUUAGUACAUCAAUAUAAAAGUGUCAUGUAUUCAUGUUCUCCCAAUUUCUAAAGCCUAUCAAAGACUUGAAAUAAUUUAGGUAAACUAAGAAAAGUGAAGAUGUUGCAGUGUCCUGAUUGGAGACAUUAAUCAUCUUUGGAACUGUCACAUGCCGCAAUAUGUGGUAUGUUUGAGAAGGGUUCCAUUUUAGAAACGACCCCCUCUAAAGUGGAAUUCUAUUGGUUUGAAAAGGCGAUGGAUUCCACUGGAGAUCACACAUUCAAGAUAGAUACCAUACAAUUAAACCACAUUCGUGUUCAGCCAUUGUUAUUGUAUGGUUUAAAUGUUUGGUACAAGUGUGCUAAGUAAGUAUUAUUGCCCUUAUCACUCAUAUUCAAAGAUUGCCUUACGAUCUUGACCUUGUGUGUGUAUUCAUCUUUUAAUUCACAAUAAGUAUUUGUUUGUGAACCUAUUUACUAUCAUAGUUGCCAUAUUAUCUGAUCACUGAAUU